AUGCAUCACUUCCCCCGCCGCCCGCACACUGCCCCUGCCUCCACAGCGGCCGCCCCGACCCGCUACUCUGACCGCUUCAUCCCCCACCGCACCGGCUCCGACGACCUCCGCUCUGCUUACGAGCUGCUCCGCCCACCCACCCUCGACGAAAAUCUCCCCGCUCUCUCCAACACACCCACCCCGCCCUCCUCGUAUUCCCUCCUCCUCAAGUCCGAGCUCCUCGACACCCCUCCCUCCCUCCACCCAGUCCCCUCUGCCCUUCCUGCCGCCUCCCCCCCGGCAGACGCUCGCCUCCCCAAACGCCCGCAUCCCCGCAACAAUCCUCGCUCCCCCGCCCUCGACUCCCUCAAACGCGCCUCUGCUCCCCCAAAUUCCUAUCCCCCACCCCCCAACAUCUUUCGCUUCUCCGCCCCCCCUCGGCCCCACUCCCACCCCACCUCCACUGUCGCCACCCCCAUCUCGCAACCGCCCACCCCGCCAUCCCCCUUCUGUCUCGCCGACUCUCAUUCCCGCAGAGCCCUCCUCUCCGCCCGCCUCGCCCCCGGCCGAGCCGCGCGCAAAAUCGCACGCGUCCCGUUCAAAGUCCUCGACGCCCCAGCCCUCAAGGAUGAUUUCUACUUCAACCUCGUCGAUUGGUCCUCGCAAAACGUGCUCGCCCUCUGCGACUUGCAUCUCGGAGGGCCCGUGUGCUCCGUCGCCUGGAAUCAGAUGGGCACCCAGCUCGCGGUUGGAACCAUGCCCGGCGAUGUCCAGGUCUAUGAUACGGCCACGGGCAAGCUGCUUCGCUCUAUGCCAGGGCACACUGCCAGAGCGGGUGCCCUCGCCUGGAGCGCGGGCGUCUUGAGCUCGGGGAGUAGGGAUAAGACCAUUUUCAAUCGCGACUUGCGCAGCAGGGAGCCCUACAUUGCACAGCUGACGGGGCAUCGACAGGAGGUUUGUGGGUUGAAGUGGUCGUCGGACGAUAUGCAGUUGGCAUCGGGUGGAAACGAUAACAAUCUAAUGAUAUGGAAUGCGGCGGGUUUGGGCAGCGGUGGUGGCACGCGGAGGUUGACACGGGGAGUCAGGUUUGCAACCUGGCAUGGUCGAAAAAUGUCAACGAGUUGGUCUCCACCCAUGGAUAUAGUCAGAACCAAAUCAUUGUGUGGAAGUACCCGACGUUGA